AUGGCGGGCGAGGGGCGGCGGGUAGAGCCGGUGGGGGAAGGAUGGGCGGUGUACGUCACGCCCAGAUCCCCUAUUAGGGAGGGGAGGCGCCAGCUCCCGCCUCAAAAUGGCGACAGUAGUGACGCGCCUGCGCACGGAACACCUUCUCCGUCACGUCACGGCCGACGGGAAGUGAGGUUCUCAGAGGAGCCGCCAGAAGUGUACGGCGACUUCAAGCCCCGCGUGUCCAAAGACAGAUCUCCGGUGCGAAGACAUACCCCGCCAGAAGAGUUCCGGCCUGAUUCUGCAAAAGAGGAAGUAAAAGAAAGUAUUUACUACCUUCGGUCUCGGCAGCGGAGACAGCCACAACCCCAAAAAGCUACGGAAAUGAAGACACGAAGCGCUCUCCGUCUUCAGCAGCAGUCCUCGGAACAAUCUCAGCUGCAGUCGUCUCCAGUUAUGACUAGGAGAGGGUUACGGGACUCUUUCUCUGAAGAGGAUGAGUCAUCUUCCCCAACUGUCUUAAGCCAACCAGGCUCAAAGAGAACAACUGUCAGAACUCCAGAAGUUCCAGUGGUGAAUGAAGACCCUGUAAUUGGCCUAUGUAGACCCCCUCUAAGGAACUCAAGAUCUGAAACCACUGGUGUCGUCCGCCAGAAGGUCAAUUUGCCAGAAGAAGGUGAAACUGAGGAAGAAGAUCCAAACAGUUCUGACAGUGAUGUUACUAAUGUUAAGGUCAGAUCCGGGGAUUCUGUUGAGUCUGGAGAUCAAACCAUUAGAUCAACUAGUCAAUAUACAGAAUCAUUUUGGCAGUCGUCACAAAAUCAAGACUUCACCACAGCUCAUGAUAAGCAAGCUUCAGUACUGAGCUCGGGAUAUCAAAAAACCCCUCAGGAGCGGGUCGAACAAACCCCAAGAAUCAGGAGUAGGAUACAAAAUGACAACAUUCAGAAAUCAGUGCUUGGAAACCAAUCUCCUUCAACCUCCAGACAGCAAAUGUCUGAACAACCCAAAAGUACAAGUUUUCUCCAGAUGAAGUGGUAUCUACUUUUCCUGAUAGCUGCGGCUUUGGGCAUUGUGAUUUGUUUCAUUCCUACUCCUGACAUAGAAAGCACUGCUGCUGUUCAAGAGUUCCAGAACCAGAUGAAACAACUCAUGAAUAAAUACCAAGGUCAAGAUGAGAAGCUGUGGAAAAGGAGCCUCACAUUCCUGGAAAAACACCUUAAUAGCUCCCAUCCUCGACCUCAGCCUGCUAUCUUGUUGCUCACUGCUGCCCGAGAUGCUGAAGAAGCACUUAAGUGUCUGAGUGAACAAAUUGCUGAUGCCUAUUCUUCCUUCCGUAGCGUCCGUGCCAUCCGGAUUGAUGGGACAGGCAAAGCUGCUCAAGACAGUGAUACCGUCAAGGAGGAGGUAGACCAAGAACUGAGCAAUGGAUUCAGAAAUGGCCAGAAUGCGGCAGUGGUGCACCGCUUUGAGUCACUGCCUGCCGGCUCUACCCUGAUCUUCUACAAGUAUUGUGACCACGAGAAUGCAGCCUUCAAAGAUGUAGCCUUAGUCCUGACUGUCUUGUUGGAGGAGGAGACACUUGGAACCAGCCUAGGCCUAAAGGAAGUUGAAGAAAAAGUGAGAGAUUUCCUUAAAGUCAAGUUCACCAGUUCUGACACACUGAACUCCUACAAUAAUAUGGACCCAGACAAAUUGAGUGGGCUCUGGAGCCGGAUUUCUCAUUUAGUCCUGCCUGUACAACCGGAGAUUGCCUUGAAAAGGGGCAUCUGUUUAUAA